AUGCGAGCUGAAAAGGUGACAGUAUCGCCCGCUGGUGAAGGUGCCGCGCCCCUAUUUGUGUUCGGUUACGGCUCCAUACUGUGGAAGCAGCAGUUCGAGUACCUCCGCGCGUUGCCAUGCUGCGUUCAUGGCUACAAGAGGGUUUUCUAUCAGGGCAGUACGGACCACCGUGGCGUCCCCGCCAGGCCAGGCCGCGUUGUAACACUUCUCACGUGUGGCGACCCGGAGGCAUGGGUGGGUGGGGUCGCGUUUGAGCUCCCGGUAGAGGAGGAGAAGCGGGAGAAAAUCCUUGCCCAACUUGACGACCGCGAGAGUGGGGGCUAUGAGCGGGAGGAGGUGACACUCUAUGACAUCAAAACGCACGAAAGGCUUCAUUUGCCGCCCGGUGCCGUAUGUUUAUGUUAUAGAGCAACUGAAGACAAUCCUGAAUACCUGGGGGAGGCAAAAGAUGAAGCUAUCGCCGAACAGAUUUUGAGCUGUGAAGGAUUGAGUGGACCGAACUCGGAAUAUUUGUUUAAGCUUGCUGAGGCACUUCGUAAACUGGAGAGUGCUGACCAACAUGUAUUUGCAGUCGAGACCGCGGCUCUCCACAUCAUGAAGGCGCAAAAUGUUCCCGAGUGA